UCCACCGCCCACCAGCCACCACCACCACCACCACCAGCGGGCCUUCACCCUCUUCUACUAGUCUUCUUCCUCCUCUCGCCCUUUCACACCGGAGCCAUAGCCGGCGGGAGAGGCCAGCCCGACUGCCAGAGCCUCUACCUACGACUAUCCGCGGCCGGAUGGCGCCCCGCGUGUCCCUGCUCGCCGCCGGCGCCGUGGCCGUGGCCGUGGUCCUGCUUCUCGCCGCGCCGGCGCGGGCGUCCAACGACGAGGGGGACGCGCUGUACGCGCUGCGGACGAGGCUGUCGGAUCCCAACGGCGUGCUGCAGAGCUGGGACCCGACCCUCGUCAACCCCUGCACCUGGUUCCAUGUCACCUGCGACCACGCCAGCCGCGUCGUCCGCCUGGAUUUAGGAAACUCCAACAUCUCCGGCUCGAUUGGCCCUGAGCUAGGCCGUCUUGUGAACCUCCAAUACCUGGAGCUCUACAGGAACAAUCUUAACGGUGAGAUCCCAAAAGAAUUGGGCAAUCUCAAGAAUUUGAUCAGCUUGGAUUUGUAUGCCAACAAGCUCACUGGAACAAUCCCCAAGUCGCUUUCCAAGCUCGGCUCGCUGAGAUUCAUGCGGUUGAACAAUAACAAGCUUGCUGGAUCAAUUCCAAGGGAGCUGGCCAAACUAUCCAACCUGAAAGUCAUUGACUUGUCUAACAAUGACCUCUGUGGAACUAUUCCUGUUGACGGUCCCUUCUCAACCUUCCCUCUUCGAAGCUUUGAGAACAACAACAGGCUCAACGGCCCAGAGCUGCAAGGUUUGGUUCCUUAUGACUUUGGAUGUUAAGAGCUCCAUGUUGGUGAAGUAGCACAGCAAUGCAUGUCGUCCGUUGAUAAAUGGAAAAGAAUAUAGUAGUACAAAUAGGAAAGCUAGCAUGUAUGUUGUGAGUUCACAUAUGCAGCAGAGCUGCAGAGCUAAAGAGGGAAGGUUAAUGUACCCAGGCAGCAUGAACAAAGAAUGUAUUCAGAGAAGUUUUACUUAUAUUCAUGAUACAGGUACUAUGUAUGUAAAUUUCAAGCUGCUUUACUGCAGUCGUGUUUUUAGGUGAUGCAAAUCCUAGCGACACGAAUUAACGUACA